AUGAUGACGGGCUCCGUUGGAGCUGCUUCAGCGGCCUUUUCUGGCCGCGGAAACAGGACGAUGGAACAGGAGGGCACCUACCAAGUUGUUCUGCCAGGUCUGCCAACAGGUCGUUAUGUUUUAAAUACAGUUUUUUUGCACGCUGAUAUUACGGCGCGACCGUACCGGAUUGAAGAUUUCCGUGACGCAUUGGCACCGCAUUCGCUUCUUCCGGAUGUUAUCGCCCUGGGGGCGUAUCGCAUGAGCCAUGUCUGGGCUAUCACUUUCAAGGACGCGGACGCGGUGAAGAAGAUCUCGAGCAUCGGGGAGCUGCGUGUAAAAAACCGGCGCUGCCUGGUGAUUGACCCGGCGAACCAGGACGUUCGACUGAAGCUCCACUGGCUUCUACACAAUGUGCCUGAUGAGGACGUGCGUGUCGCCUUUGCGCCCUAUGGAAAAGUUACCGAAGUAGGUCGGGAGCGCUGGCGUGUGCAAGGUAUGACAGAGAAGGGAUCAACCACCCGGCUUGUCACCCUCAAGUUGAAAGCGGGCGUGAAGUUGGAUGACUUGCCACAUCAGCUGAGCGUUGGCGGUGAGUUGGCGCUUGUCGUGGUACCAGGCAGACCCCCGCUGUGCCUUCGGUGUCGCGGUACGGGCCACAUCCGCAAGGAAUGUCGAGUCCCGCGUUGCGGAAUCUGCCGACGCUUCGGGCACGAAGAAGAGCAGUGUACUCGCACUUACGCGAGCAUUACAGGCCCGGGAACCAGCGAGGACUCGUCCGAGAUGCUGAUGGACGAGACGGAUGCUGAGGAAGCAGCCCGUGUGGGUGGACAACCACAGCGCCAUACUCAGCCAUCGAUCACGACUCUGGUGAAGGAGAAGGCGGGGCCCUCCGGCGCAACAGAUGGUAGUGUACAGGCGCAGCAUAAGCCUGAACAGGACGACGAUGACAAGUUAAUGGCGAUCUCACUGACAAACUUGCUGUACGUUCUUCAGUAA